AUGUCUCUCUCUCUCUCCCUCCCCCCCUCUCUCUCUCUCUCUCUCUCACAGGAGAGAUGUGGCGACGCCUCGUUAGUAAACGUAGCAGAGCAUGACCAGUUGAAGAAUUUCGAUCCUCUCUCUUUCUCUCUCUCUCUCUCUCUCUCUAUUUUCUCUCUUCUUUCUUUUUCUCUCCCACGCCCUCCCUUUUAUCUUUCUAUCACUUUUCAUCUCUCACUUCUCUUUUUCUGUCUCUUCCCCCGUUUUCUAUUUCUGUCUCUUUCCUCUUUUUCUUUUUCUAUCUCUUUCCUCUUUUUCUUUUAUUCUCUCUUUCCUCUUUUUCUUUUUCUCUCUCUUUCCUCUUUUUCUUUUACUCUCUCUUUCCUCUUUUUCUUUUACUCUCUCUUUCCUACUUUUCUUUUACUCUCUCUUUCCUCUUUUCUUUUUCUCUCUUUCCUCUUUUUUUUCUUUUCCUUCCUCUUUCUUUUUUCUCUCUUUCCUCUUUUUCUUUUUCUGUCUCUUUCCUCUUUUCUUUUUCUCUCUUUUCCUUUUUUUUUACUCUCUCUUUCCUACUUUUCUUUUACUCUCUCUUUCCUCUUUUUUUUCUCUCUUUUCCUCUUUUCUUUUUUCUCUCUCUUUCCUCUUUUCUUUUCUCUCUCUUUUCCUACUUUUCUUUUACUCUCUCUUUCCUCUUUUUCUUUACUCUCUCUUUCCCUUUUCUUUUUCUCUCUUUCCUCUUUUUUUUUCUCUCUUUUCUCUUUUUUCCUCUUUUUUUUUACUCCUCUCUUUCCUCUUUUUUUUUACUCUCUCUUUCCUCUUUUCUUUUUCUCUCUCUUUCCCUUUUUUCUUUUCUCUCUCUUUCCUCUUUUUCUUUUCUCUCUCUUUUUCCUCUUUUUUUUUACUCUCUCUUUCCUACUUUUCUUUUACUCUCUCUUUCCUCUUUUUCUUUUACUCUCUCUUUCCUACUUUUCUUUUACUCUCUCUUUCCUCUUUUUCUUUUACUCUCUCUUUCCUACGUUUCUUUUUCUCUCUCUUUCCUACUUUUCUUUUUCUCUCUCUUUCCUCUUUUUCUUUUCUCUCUUUCCCUCUUUUCUUUUCUCUCUCUUUCCUCUUUUUUUUACUCUCUCUUUCCUACUUUUCUUUUACUCUCUCUUUUCUCUUUUUUUUUUUCUGUCUCUUUCCUUUUUUUUUUCUCUCUCUUUCCUCUUUUCUUUUCCUCUCUCUUUCCUACUUUUCUUUUACUCUCUCUUUCCUCUUUUCUUUUUACUCUCUCUUUCCUCUUUUUCUUUUUUCUCUUUCCUUUUUUUUUCUGUCUUUUCUUUUUCUUUUACUCUCUUUCCUACUUUUCUUUUACUCUCUCUUUCCUACUUUUCUUUUUCUCUCUCUUUCCUACUUUUCUUUUCUCUCUCUCUUUUCCUCUUUUUUUUUCUCUCUCUUUCCUCUUUUCUUUUACUCUCUUUUCUUUUCUUUUUCUUUUCUCUCUCUUUCCUCUUUUUCUUUUACUCUCUCUUUCCUCUUUUUCUUUUACUCUCUCUUUCCUACUUUUCUUUUUCUCUCUCUUUCCUCUUUUUCUUUUUCUGUCUCUUUCCUCUUUUUCUUUUUCUCUCUCUUUCCUCUUUUUCUUUUACUCUCUCUUUCCUACUUUUCUUUUACUCUCUCUUUCCUCUUUUUCUUUUACUCUCUCUUUCCUACUUUUCUUUUACUCUCUCUUUCCUCUUUUUCUUUUACUCUCUCUUUCUAUUAAUUCUGUCUCCCUUUUCUCUUAUUAAUUUUCUUUUAUCUCUUAUUUCUCUCUCUCUCUCUCUCUCUCUCUCUCUCACUCACUUUCCCUGUCUUUCCUCUGGCUGGGGGGGGGCAUCAGCUUUUUCCACUCAGCCAGCAAGAACUGUAACUUUUUCCCAGCAACUUUCUACCAAUCUUUACAUCACAAUGCGCGAUUGCCUCUCUCUCACUCUCUCUUUCUUUCUCUCUCUCUCUCUCUCUCUCUCUCUCUCUCCCUCUCUAGAGAUAGAUGAUGCGAGAGAGGUGCAGCCAUAUCCUCUCUCAGCCACCAGUUCCUCAUACCGAAGCAACUUUCUUUCAUGCACCUCUUCAAUCCCUUCUUCCAAUGCUACUGUCAGUUCGCCAAGCCACAGAUGUUACUUCUCAAUAUCAACUAAAACCAGAUCUGGUCUCAGACCAGACACAAUGACCUCCACUGGCGGUGUUGCAUCAACCAACAUUCUUCACUUCCUUGUGUUUUCCAACCUGGUCUUCUGCCUUGUGACAGUCGCACCUUGCUUCAGGGAGGCUACCCUUCGCAGGUCCAACGAGGAUAUGCUAGCAUUUCUGGCAGCUGAUGCCACGACCUCUAGAACCAAGUUAUGUCAAGGUGUACCAGCCAUUCUGUAA